CACACGAAACGACUGUUUUUUGUCACUCUCUCUCUCUCUCUCUCUCUCUCUCUCUCUCUCUCUCUUCAUAAUCUGAAACUUUCUUCCUUGUUGACGCGGAACUUAUCAAUAUUUUCAGCCCAAAAUAUUGGGUUUUUGUUGAAUUUUCGGUUACGGUCUCGGGCAGUCGUCUUCUCUGUUGUGUAUACAUUGGAGGGUUGAUUGGUUCUGAGGAAAUAUCAUACUCUUUCUCCUUUUGGUUAGUUCAUUUUGGAGUUUCUGUCUAUUUUGAGGCUCUUCCUGGGGUUAAAAGGUUGCACCUUUUUCCCAGAGAACCUCGACGGUACGAGGGAAUUACAACUUUUGUUUGAGAAGAUGGUGAUAUUUCUUUGAUUCAAGUAUUUAUUGUUCUUAAAGUGAUUGGAAUUAAUGCUCCAUUUUUGGUCCUUCCAUUUUAAUAUCCAUUUCCUUUUUGGGAGAAAAGAGAGGGGAUUUUGCCCCUUGUAUGAUAUGUGUCUGCAUUUGGAAUUCUGAUGAGAAUUGAGACAUCGCUAUCCAGAUGGGGAACAACUGCGUCGGAUCAACGAAGAACACACUCAUCCAUUCAGUCUCGAAUUCACUCUGGUGGUCUCGAUCAACGGGCGGUUUUUCCAGUAGGGGAAUCAAUAGUACUGAUGAAAUGCCGCAAUUGAGUAAGAAUCCGUCAGAAGCUACUCUUUAUGUUCAAAACAAGGCCCCAGAAGCAGUUAAGAUAGCGGAGGAAGAGUAUAAAUCCGUGCAGGCUACAAGUCGGAAGGAGAAGGUUCAUCCAGACAAGCCUAAGGAACCGGCACUGCCUCGGAAACACAAGGAGGAGACGUUACUUGUGAGGCAAGUAACACUUCCCAAGGUAGAGGUUAAACUAGCACCACCAACAAUUCACAUGGGAGAGGCUAGACCGGUCCAAGUAGUAGCGAAAAAGGAAGAGACUAACAUGGGAGAGGCUAGACCGGUACAAGUAGUAGCGAAAAAGGAAAAGACUAAGCCAGCAGUGCCAGCGAAACCCAAGAAGCCCUAUAAUGUCAAGAGGGUAGCAAGUGCAGGGCUUCAGGCCGAGUCUGUCUUGCAAACAAAAACAGGGCACUUGAAGGAGUACUACAAUUUGGGCCAAAAGCUCGGACACGGGCAGUUUGGAACGACUUUUCUGUGUGUGGAGAAAGCGACUGGAAAGGAGUAUGCUUGUAAAUCCAUCGCUAAAAGGAAACUCCUGACUACAGAAGAUGUGGAGGAUGUGAGGAGAGAAAUUCAGAUUAUGCAUCACUUGGCGGGGAAUCAAAAUGUAAUCACAAUUAAAGCAACAUAUGAGGAUGCUGUUGCAGUUCAUGUUGUCAUGGAAUUAUGUGCAGGGGGUGAGCUUUUCGAUAGGAUUAUCCAGCGAGGGCAUUACACCGAAAGAAAGGCAGCUCAACUGACGAGGACUAUAGUUGGAGUUGUAGAAGCUUGCCAUUCUUUGGGUGUCAUGCAUCGUGAUCUUAAGCCGGAGAACUUUCUUUUUGUCAACGAGCAGGAGGAUUCACCGCUUAAGGCUAUCGAUUUUGGACUAUCAAUAUUCUUUAAGCCAGGGGAGAUAUUCGGUGAUGUGGUUGGAAGCCCCUAUUAUGUUGCCCCAGAAGUCCUGCGCAAGCACUAUGGUCCCGAAGCAGAUGUUUGGAGUGCCGGUGUUAUCAUUUACAUCCUCUUAAGUGGGGUGCCUCCGUUUUGGGGUGAAACUGAGCAAGAGAUAUUUGAAGAGGUGCUGCAUGGCGAUCUUGACUUCUCAUCGGAUCCCUGGCCUAGAAUUUCUGAAAGUGCCAAAGAUCUAGUUAAGAGAAUGCUCGUAAGAAACCCAAAAAAGCGGCUAACUGCUCAUCAAGUUCUCUGCCACCCAUGGGUUCAGGUUGAUGGAGUGGCUCCAGACAAGGCUCUUGAUUCCGCUGUUUUAAGUCGCUUGAAGCAGUUUUCUGCAAUGAACAAAAUUAAGAAAAUGGCUCUUAGAGUCAUUGCAGAGAACCUCUCGGAAGAAGAAAUUGCUGGUUUAACAGAAAUGUUCAAGAUGAUAGAUACUGACAAUAGUGGUCAAAUUACUUUUGAUGAACUCAGAGAUGGACUCAAAAGAUUUGGAGCUAAUCUAAAUGAGUCCGAAAUAUAUGAUCUUAUGCAAGCUGCAGAUAUUGAUAAUAGUGGCACAAUUGAUUACGGAGAGUUUAUAGCAGCAACAUUGCAUCUAAACAAGAUAGAGAGAGAAGACCACUUAUUUGCAGCUUUCUCAUAUUUUGACAAGGACGGCAGUGGCUACAUCACUCAAGACGAACUUCAACAAGCCUGCGAGGAGUUUGGCAUUGUCGAUAUUCACUUGGAAGAAUUGAUCCGAGAAGUAGAUCAGGACAAUGACGGGCAAAUAGACUACAACGAGUUCGUUGCCAUGAUGAAGAAAGGCAAUGCAGAUUUUGAUAAGAAGGGGGUUCACACCAAUGCCCUCAGCGUUGGAUUUAGGGAGGCACUCUCUGUUUGUUAAUAAUGGCUCCCUUUCUCCUUCCACCUUUUGUGAAUUUCUGCAGCUUUUGAAGAUUUGCAGAGCUGAAUUAAGGUCUUCGGUAAAUAUGAAUAGGUGCCAUCAAACUUGACGUUUGAAUUUAUUUAUUAGUAUUCAACUAAUUUGUAUCAAAACAGAUGGUACGUACAAUUUUAGGCUAUCUUCUCAUGUAAUAUACGAUAGAAAAAACUUACUGUACAUAAACACAUGCGUAACCUCUCUGGUUAUUAGUGUUUUUUUUUAUCGUGUUAUUGGUUUUUAUUACUCGAUCAAAGAGGAAGGUAAGACUCCCAACUCAGUUCAACUCAAGGUUGUAUAUAGCUUUGAAUUAUGGUGUUUGGAAGCAUUCAAGGGCGGAAUGCAUGACAUCAGUAGUGAGGUGAAUAUUCUUAAUUGAUGGAGUUACAAAA